GGGCUAUCGGAGGGGAUGAAGGACAAACUCUCCUUCAGGGAGCUGCCUGAGCGACUGGACGGCCUCGUUGAACUCUCGGUGCGGGUAGACAAUCAGCGUCAUGAGAGGGCGCAUGAGAGAGGGAUGACGCAAGGCGCGCCUCCGUGUUCCCCUAUCAACCCGGAGGCUUUCCACCGUUUCAGGGAGGAGACUCCUCAGGAGGAGGCUAUGCAGCUGGGGGCGGCGCGCUUGUCCAGGAUGGAGAGGCAGAGGCGUCUUCUCCAGGGACGUUGCCUGUACUGCGGCCAGGCAUGUCACCAAUGCGACUCAUGCCCAGAUAAGCCGGGAAACGGGAGGGCUCGCUAGUAUCUUGAGGGGUGCUAGCGAGCCGGAACCGAAACCCCAACUCCAGAGACUCCUGGAUUUUUCUCCCCGUCAGGGUUCAGUGGGCCCGCACUGCGCGUCCCCGUACGUCCCCGGGUGGCGGGGGGGGCUAUGGGAGGAUAUCCAGUUUUUCAUUGUGGACUCUCCGGAGUGUCCCAUCGUCCUCAGACACCCCUUACUGGUCGCCCACAAACCGCGGAUAGACAGGUCCACGGGGCGGCUCAUCCUGGAGGGAGGCUCCGCCCCCAUCCUGAUCCGGUCUCCACCGACCACAUCAGCCCAAACCAACGUCCCAGACCACCUACCAGUCCUCACCUCUACCCCAGGUCCCGCACUCCGAACCGCCUACCGCCCUAGCGGCGGUUGCCACCGGGAGGACGGCGGCUACAGACUCCGUCACCAGCCCAGAUCUGGCAGGCGUUCCCCAGGAGUAUUGGGAUCUGGGGGAGGUGUUUAGUAAGAGGCGUGCCAAGGGCCUACCUCCUCACAGGCCUUACGACUGCGCUAUUGAUCUCUUGCCGGGCACCAUGCCCACACGAGGGCAAUUGUUUUCCUUGUCCUGGCCGGGGGAGAAUAUCGAACAGGCACUCGUCGAGGCACUUGUCGAGGGUCAUAGCUGUCCCUCUAUCUCACCUAUGGGCACGGGCUUCUUCUUCGUGGGAAAAAGGAUGGUGGGCAGCGGUCAUGCAUUGAUUACCGGGCCCUCAACGACAUCACGGUUAAGAACCGCUACCCACUCCCCCUGAUGACGACGGCAUUUGAGUCGUUGCAGGGAGCCCGGGUCUUCACCAAGCUGGACUUACGUAAUGCCUACAACCUGGUGAGGAUUCGGGAGGGGGACAAGUGGAUGACGGCUUUUAACACACCCAGUGGGCAUUACGAGUACCAAGUCAUGCCGUUCAGCCUAGCCAACGCGCCUGCGGUGUUCCAGGCAUUGGUCAAUGACAUGCUCCGGGACCUCCUCGACUACAGCGUCUUUGUGUAUUUGGAUGACAUCCUAAUAUUUUCAAAGGACAUGAGUGAACACCAGCAGCACGUUCGGCAGGUCCUCCAAUGCCUUCUCCGCCACCAGCUCUACAUCAAGACGGAGAAGUGUGUGUUCCACACAGAGACAGUCUCCUUUCUGGGGUUCAUCGUCACCCAGGGGGACCUACGGAUGGACCCAGCCAAGGUCAGCGCGGUACUGGAUUGGCCCCAGCCCUCAUCCCUCAAGCAACUACAAUGGUUUUUAGGGUUCUCAAAUUUUUAUAGGCGAUUUAAUCGCAAUUUUAGCUCCCUAGCCGCUCCCCUGACAGCCCUCACCCAGACGAGCGUACGCUCCUUCACCUGGACCCCGGAAGCGGGGAAUGCAUUUGAUGCGCUUAAGCGGCGCUUUACAUCAGCCACGGUCCUCGGGCAUCCUGAUCCAUCCCUGCCGUUCAUUGUGGAGGUGGAUGCUUCAGACAUUGCGGUGGGAGCAAUCCUGUCCCAGCAGUUCCUCACGGAUGGUAAGACUCACCCCUGCACGUUUUUUUCCCGUCGGCUGUCCCCGGAGGAGCGGAAUUACGACAUGGGGAACAGUGAGCUGCUACCGGUCAAGCUCGCCCUGGGGGAGUGGAGGCAUUGGCUAGAGGGGGCCGCCCAUCCAUUCGUCGUAUGGACUGACCACAAUAACAUUCAGGGGGCCAAGAGGAUCAACUCGCCCCAGGCCAGGUGGGCGUUGUUCUUCACCAGGAUCCGGUUCACCAUCUCAUACCGUCCAGGGUCGAAGAACACCAAGCCUGACGCGCUCUCCCGGCAGUUCGACCCUGUGGACCUGGUGGAGAGGGACGACCCCAUUGUCCCCAACGUCCUGAUUGCUGCCCCAGUUUCGUGGGGAAAAACACCCCCAAAGCAUAAUGUUUCCACCUCCAUGUUUGACGGUGGGGAUGGUGUUCUUGGGGUCAUAGGCAGCAUUACUUCUCCUCCAAACACGGUGAGUUGAGUUGAUGCCAAAGAGCUCCAUUUUGGUCUCAUCUGACCACAACACUUUCACCCAGUUUUCCUCUGAAUCAUUCAGAUGUUCAUUGGCAAACUUCAGACGGGCAUGUAUAUGUGCUUUCUUGAGCAGGAGGACCUUGCGAGCGCUGCAGGAUUUCAGUCCUUCACGGCGUAGUGUGUUACCAAUUGUUUUCUUGGUGACUAUGGUCCCAGCUGCCUUGAGAUCAUUGACAAGAUCCUCCCGUGUAGUUUUGGGCUGAUUCCUCACCAUUCUCAUGAUCAUUGCAACUCCACGAGGUGAGAUCUUGCAUGGAGCCCCAGGCCGAGGGAGAUUGACAGUUAUUUUGUGUUUCUUCCAUUUGCGAAUAAUCGCACCAACUGUUGUCACCUUCUCACCAAGCUGCUUGGCGAUGGUCUUGUAGCCCAUUCCAGCCUUGUGUAGGUCUACAAUCCUGUCCCUGACAUCCUUGGAGAGCUCUUUGGUCUUGACCAUGGUGGAGAGUUUGGAAUCUGAUUGAUUGAUUGCUUCUGUGGACAGGUGUCUUUUAUACAGGUAACAAGAUGAGAUUAGGAGCACUCCCUUUAAGAGUGUGCUCCUAAUCUCAGCUCGUUACCUGUAUAAAAGACACCUGGGAGCCAGAAAUCAUUCUGUUUGAGAGGGGGUCAAAUACUUAUUUCCCUCAUUAAAAUGCAAAUCAAUUUAUAACAUUUUUGACAUACGUUUUUCUGGAUUUUUAUUUAUUUAUUCUAUCCCUCACUGUUCAAAUAAACCUACCAUUAAAAUUAUAGACUGAUCAUUUCUUUGUCAGUGGGCAAACGGACAAAAUCAGCAGGGGAUCAAAUACUUUUUUCCCUCACUGUACAAGCAAAUCCAUGUUAUUUCUAAGGCUAUUGUUUAUUUCAAGACACAAUCUUGUCAUCCCAGAGGGCAUUUUGGAUAUAAAAUGGACAAUAUACAGUAUAUGCAGUGAUUCUUGAAUAUACCUAUAUCAUAGAUGCCUUCAUUGUUUUCUACCAACAGGAAAUAAUGGUUAGUACAGCAUGCCAAACUGACCCCUGGGUGCCAGAGUGUUCCUAUGCUGCGGUGGAGAAGAGGUCCACCAUCAUUAAAGAGCUCGAGGCCCAGCUAGAUUGCGCUCACAACCAUCAGUAUACAACCGAGUCCUGCCCCUAUAAGCCACAGAUGGAGCUGACGGAGAGUGAGAGUGAGAUCAGUGGAGACCAGAACUCGCUGUAUGAAUCUGAGAGCUCAGAAUCACAAUCAUCACAGUGCGAGCCAAGAUAUACUAUCGAAGAGUGUGUGCAAGAUCCAAAAUACAUAGUCUUUGAGAGCAAGCUGAAGGAGUUGUUCAAUGUCUGCCAUGAGCCAGGAUGUCGAGCAGGUGUCAUCAGUUCAUCCCUGAAAAGAGCCAUUCUUUUACAUUCUGGCUACAAUUGGUGACAGUCCACUAAUCGUAUCUGGAGACGCACAGUGUGAUUCGCCAGGCCAUUGUGCCUCCUUUGGCACUUACACCAUCCUGGACUCUGCUUCCCACCUGGUCCUUGCCCAGGAGACUGUGCAUGUGACUGAAGAACAGCUACUGGUUGGAGACGGAGGGAUUAGAGAGAUGCCUGCAACACUUUGA